AAUUAAGGCGAAGCUCGAUGGAACAGCCCGGCCCAACCGCCCCCGCACCGCGGGGCUGACCCUACCACUGCGGCGCGGGGGGGAUGGGGGCUGGGGGCUUUCUUCAUCGGCUCCGCUCUUGCCGAGCCCGCCGCUUUCGCCAGUGAGAUGCCGGGAGGGAAAACAGAACAAAGGAGCAUCCCGGUGGUGGCCCGUGCGGGGAAUAGCGCCCCGCGGGGCUCCCCUUCCAGCUCCUCGGCGUGCCCGUAGGGUGGAGCCCGCCACAGGCCUGGCCAGCAGCGUGCAAUGCCUCUCUUUGGGAACUCCUUCAGCCCGAAGAAGACCCCCCCCAGGAAAUGGGCCUCGCUGUCCAACCUGCACCUGCUGGAUAGAUCCACCCGUGAGGUUGAGCUGGGCCUGGAAUACGGUACCCCCACAAUGAACCUUGCUGGCCAGAGCCUGAAGUUUGAAAAUGGCCACUGGGUUUCAGAAUCAGGAGGCUUCCUGGGAGAUCGCAGGGAACUGCAGCGCUUGCGCAAACGAAACCAGCAGCUAGAGGAAGAAAACAACCUACUUCGGCUGAAAGUGGACAUUCUGCUGGACAUGCUCUCUGAGACCACUGCCGAGUCCCACCUCAUGGAGAAGGAGCUGGAGGAGCUGAAACAGCACAACAGGAGGAAGAAGUGAACAAGAGAUGGCCAAGCUGGUUCUGGAUUUUGGCCCACGGGAUGCUGGGGCUGGCUUGGGCCUCCCAACCAUGUUGGUACUGUGUGGAGGUACUUUUGUUUCACGGGACCAUGAGUGCCCAGAUGCCUCCAGCGCUGUGUGGUGCCGUGGGUACUGCUAAUGGCUGUUUUGGCACCACAGCACUGUUAAUUAACAUGAUUUUCCUCAGAGCACUUUACCUUG